AUGCAUUGGAAACUGUUUGUGUCACUGCUCCCGCACCUGCUCGUUUGUAACUCCGUGGCCAGAUCUGUUAUUUACGAAAAUGUUGAGGACGAUGUCGUCGCCGUUGGCUCGCUCAUUCGUGAGGUACGUCAGCCGGCGCCGUUACAAGUCGCCGCUGAAGUGAGGGACCUAAUGAGCGCCGGUAACGCACCGAGUGCUAAAAAACACAUGAAAAACGCAUCUGGCAAAUCAGACGAGGGUGGUUACUACAGAACCUAUGGGAGCGACGCGGAGGGUGAGAAGGGUUACUUGAAGGAAACCUACGGUAAAGGUGAUCACGGCUACAAGACUCUCGACACCUUCCACAAACGGGAUGGCGACAAAUACGAAUUUGAGACGCAAACCACUUACGGCAAGGGCCACGCUGACGACAAGAAACAUCAUCAUAACGAGAAAAAGGAUCGCGAUCACGAGGGCGCGGGUACCAUGAUGAAUGCGGACUACGCCGGUGAAGCGAGUGAUCACGAUGAGGGAAGCGAGUACUCGCAGUAUACCGAGGGCGACGAUGGGGAUCAUUAUAGUGGCCAUUACACGGAGAAAGAGCCGGAAUCUUACAGCCACAGCGAGAAUUAUUCCUCGGGAGAUGGUGACGAGGGAUCUUACGAAAAGCAUAGCUCUUACAGCUCUGAUGGGGACGAGGGAGAGGAGGGAGAUCAUUAUUAAUUUUAUCAGUGUAUAUCA